AUGCUAUUUAAAUUAGGAUUUCAUAACAAAUCACCUGUAGAAUUGCUCUUGGAAAAUGACGAUUGUACAUUAGAGCAAAUUCUUGAUGAAGAAGAUGUCAUUUCAGAAGCAAAAGCUCAUUAUGGAAAAUUGAUAGAUUUCCUUUCAAAGAGCGAGAACUUAACAAAGAUGAUUGACUACAUUACCAUUGAGAUUCCUCUCGAUCAAAUUCAAAAUCUCAAGAAUCAAACAAAGAGCGAGGAAACUGAAAAGUCAGACGACGCUACAGAAUCUGAAGAAGUUCAUUUAAAUGAAGAAAAGCUACAAAAGAGAAUAUUCAAAUAUCCAAGAAUCGCAGCAGAGAUUUUAUGCUGCGAUAUUGAUGCUCUUUAUACGGCCAUUGCAUCUGACAAGUUGUUGCUAACAUCUCUUUUUGAUUUUAUUUCACAUGAGAAACAGACACUGAACCCUCAACUGACUAAUUAUUGGAUUCGUGUUGUAACCUGUUUGGUUCAAAGAAAACCCAUAGAAGUACACAAAUUUAUAAUGUCGCAAGGGGAGUCUUUCGUACUUAACUUUUGUAAACAUAUCGGAGUACCAGGAAUGGAUGAACUUUUACUGAAGCUCAUUUCAUGUGAAUUGUAUGACUUGAUAAUUUCUGCAGAGACUAAUCGAUCAGCUAAACAACAACUCAAACUUCGAUUAAUUGAUGCUAGGGAUAACUCUGAUGCUACAAAUGUAAUUAAGAGCUCAGUUAAAUGGUGGACUGAUGCACAGGUUCCAUUCAAACUUAUUGAAAAAUUAUCCCCACAAUACUCUUCAGAGUGCCAUAUUAACGUGACAAGAGUGUUAAGUGAAAUUAUUAGACGAUCUUUACAAUAUAAUCUAGAUAUUCAAAAACUUAAUCCACUCGCUACCUCCAUUUUGUCUGAUUCAGUUUUAUGCAAAUUAAUGGACACUCUUUUGGAAAAUACCGAUGUUCUUAACGAAGGCAUUGCAUUGUUGCACACUUUGAUAGACACCAGUGUAGAUUUGAUGGAUGCAGAUUUCGACGAAUGUUUACCAAGUGCUAUCAAAGUUAUUCUCACCAAAUUACCCCACUUCAUUUUGGCAAGUGAAAGCCAACCAUUGAAGAAACAUCUUUUCGUUGAUUGUGCAAUAGUUGAGCGUAUUCUACAGGCAUUUAAAGUGAAUGAGCAAGCUCAAAAUGAAAGCAAAAUGCGAAAGGGCUAUAUGGGACAUUUAACAAUAAUCUCAAACACAAUUGUUUCAACAGCAAAUUCUGAUGAAACUGUUGCUUCUCUCACUAAAGAUAUUUCUGGAUGGAAAGAAUUUGUGGAAACAUCUCUCUCCGAGAGGAAUAUGAUUGAAACAAGACAAAUGGGCUCUGAUGACUCUUAUCUUUCUUUGGUUGGUGGAGUCAUAUCAAACACAAAUCAUACUCCCAUUUCUGAUGACGACAGGAAAGAAUUAGAGGAUGCAUUCCAAGAUUUCGAUGAUGACAUGACUGAAGAAUACAAGGACGAUAGCGCAAAGGAACUCAUUGAAGAAAAAGCAUCCACCAAAGACUCCUCCCCACUCUCUGAAUCCGUUCAGACCAAUAUUGAAAUGCAACUAGAACUAUAA